GCGCGCCACAUCCACAUGGUGGCACCACGGCACGGCAGGUGGAGUGGAGAGGUGAGGAGGCUGGGCUCACUUGGCAACUACUUGUCAGCUGCCGCCGUCGCCGUCGUCGUCGUCGCCAUCGCCGCCUCUUCGCUUCUUCAUCUCCCCACUCAUCCCUCCCAUUCCCACCUCCUCUCCAGUUCAGUUUGCCCCUCUGAUCGAUCUGUUCCCUAGCCAAGAAGCAUCGAUCAGCUGAGUGAGCUGGCAAGCGAGAGAUACUAGCUAGGAUGUACGACGUGGCCGGGGAGCGGUGGAGCGGCGGCUGCGGCGGGCACCACCGCCGGCUGAUGGGCGCGUCGUCGUCGUCGGCUCCGGCGCCGGCGGGGGAGGACGACGCAGGGAAAAGCGGGUCGAGCAAGGACGCGAUGAAGAUCAUGGUGUCCGUGCUGGUGGUCGUCAUCUUCUGCACGCUGCUCUACUGCGUCUACUGCUGGCGAUGGCGCAAGCGCAACGCUGUGAGGAGGGCGCAGAUGGAGAGGCUUCGGCCGAUGUCGAGCUCCGACCUGCCGCUCAUGGACCUCGCCUCCAUCCACGCCGCCACCGACAGCUUCUCCAAGGCCAACAAGCUCGGCGAGGGCGGCUUCGGCCCCGUCUACAGGGGCGUUCUCCCCGGCGGCGGCGCGGAGAUCGCGGUGAAGCGGCUGUCGGCGAGGUCGAGGCAGGGCGCGGCGGAGUUCAGGAACGAGGUGGAGCUCAUCGCCAAGCUGCAGCACCGCAACCUGGUCCGCCUCCUCGGCUGGUGCGCCGAGCGCGACGAGAAGCUCCUCGUCUACGAGUUCCUCCCCAACGGCAGCCUCGACGCCUUCCUCUUCAACGAGGGGAAGAGCGCGCAGCUGGGGUGGGCGACGAGGCACAACAUCAUCGUGGGGAUCGCGAGGGGAUUGUUGUACCUGCACGAGGACUCGUUGCUGAAGGUGGUGCACCGAGACCUCAAGGCCAGCAAUGUCCUCCUCGACGACAAGAUGAGCCCCAAGAUCUCCGACUUCGGCAUGGCCAAGAUCUUCGAGGACGAGUGUAACGAGGUCAACACCGGCCGCGUGGUCGGCACCUAUGGGUACAUGGCGCCGGAGUUCGCGCUGGAGGGCGUCUACUCGGUGAAGUCUGACGUGUUCAGCUUCGGCGUGCUGCUGCUAGAGAUCCUCAGCGGCCAGCGCAACGGCGCGCUCUACCUCGAGGAGCACCAGCAAUCCCUCAUCCAAGACGCGUGGAAGCUGUGGACGGAGGGGUUGGCGGCGGAGUUCAUGGACCCGGCGCUGGGGCGGGGGUACGCGGCGGAGGAGGCGUGGCGGUGCUACCACGUGGGGCUCCUGUGCGUGCAGGAGGACGCGGACGCGCGGCCCACCAUGUCCAACGUCCUCCUCGCCCUCAUCAGCGACCACAUGAACCUCCCCGAGCCCUCCAGGCCGCCCAUGUUCACCAGGCUCCGGAGGGCGCUCCUCCUCGCCCCGCCGCUCAUGACCACCAAGACCGACUCCACCGCCUCGCCGGUGUCCGUCAACGACGUCUCCAUCACCGUCAUCGAGCCACGAUGAGGUCGUCGUCCUCCUCGUCGCCGCCGCCGAUUAAUUGUCUGGGGCUAGCUUCUUUUUUUGUACAUAUAGUGGUAGUAGCUAAGUGUUUAGCAGUUAGGUAAGUCUUUUCCUUUUACUCCUCUGAAUGUUGUCGAUGGCUUUUCUGAAGCUCUCAAGUCUCAACCAUCACUGCAGGCAUUUAUCUGGUAGUAGGAGGAGAGUUAGUGAAGAGAUCCACGAGGAAAAUGUAAUUAAGUAUUAUCCUUCCACAAGAGGGUUAAUUAAUUAAUAAAUCAAAAGGGUUUGGGUUUGGAUCA